AUGAUUGGCAGGAUUUUGAUGCUGGCUGGCGGCUGGCUUCCGCUUCAGCUUGCAAUGGUAGAUGAGUCAGGUCGCUACUAUGCCGGUUCAGGAGUGCCUGACUUGAUUCCUCCCGAACCUUCGGAGCAAGAUCGAAAUGCUUCUGUCGAUUUGUCCAAGCAACCGGUCGAGAAGCUCUCUCGGUUGUUGUACUACGAACUCUUCAAGCUGGACAAAAGUGGCAGAGAAAGAGAUCUUCCGUUGGCUGAGUACAGCUCUAUGGCACAGGACAUGCCCUGUGCCAAUCGCCUUCUUGCGAUGACAGAGGAAUCGAAGAGGUUGGCAGAGGAUGUCAACCAACUUCACCUCAACGUCACAGGUACUUCGGGCCUCUACUGGACUCUUCACAAGUACCCUGAGGAACACAGUUGGGCAUGGCUGCUGAGCCAUACCCAGGACCGAGUUAUGAGAAAGGUGUGGCAAUAUUUCGUUCGCUUGCAGACCAUUGCCGUUCCGGAUGAUGCCCACUGUGUGUCGGCCAAUCUCCGAACUGUGCUGAUGACAGCCGCAGCAACAUGGAAACGCAUCUUAGGAGAGCACACAGCCUUGCUUUGGAAUAGCGUGGCUUUUGGAGUGCUUGGAGAUGUCACGUCCUGGCGGGAUCUAGAUGAUGAGGGGCAGGCAGCUGACGAGCCCGGCGGACCACCUCCAAACGUUAGCUGGUCUGAGAACUUGAUAUUCAGCAACAUGUUCAUCUCCUCUGUGCACAAGUUCUUGGAGUUUCAUUCGAAUGAGCUGACAGCAGCUGUGUACCAGGAGUUGAUGCACAUGCAACAUGCGGAAAAGCGCGGACUUGUAUACGACUUUAGCGCUGGUGAGGAGCAUCGCCAGAGUGAAGAGGGUGUAUAUUCAUCCUUUGAGUUUUUGAGACGGCAGACCUUCAAUGGCUGGGGCUUGGACAAGGGCCUAAUGCGGGGCUUCCUGCGGUAUUGCCUCAAGCCUGGGUAUGGUUCUGCACCAAAAAGCUCAGUGGGAGAUUUUGGAGCUGGUGGUGGGCAGUACAGCGCCUGGUUGAAUGACACUGGCCUGGUGGAGGCCUUGGCCUUUGACACCACAUUGUCUGUGGCUGAUAUCACCGGUGGAGCAGUUCAAGAGGUCGACCUGAUGAAGCCUGACCUUGAUUUACGACGCCAGUUUGACUGGGUUAUUUGUUUGGAUGUUGGCUCCCUCCUUCCAAAGCAGAAGGCAGUGAUGCUGCUCAACAAUAUCAAGAGGCAUGCGAAAGCUGGUGGUGGGCUGCUCCUGAAUUGGGGAACAGCUUCAUCUGAAAAAUCGAUCGGGGAGGACACCCGGCUGUUUGUUGAGAAAGAGACUGGUUUCAGCUUUGACGAGCAGCGAACCCAACAAGUUCGUUUGGCAGCUGAAACGAGCAAGUUCAAGACAAACGUCAUGGUAUUUCAGGCUUGA